GCUGCGGGCAGAGGAAUGUUUUGCUAUCAGUGCCCGCCCGCCCUGCAUCCGUGCGGUCCGCAUCCGCCGCGUCUGCCUACACUCGACUAUCCAUUUGCUGCCACCCAUCCAUACACCAGCUACUCGUAUCAUCCUGCCAUACAUGAUGAGACUUUUGUGCGGCGCAAGCAGCGACGAAAUCGCACAACCUUCACACUGCAACAGCUGGAGGAGCUGGAAACGGCAUUUGCCCAGACCCAUUAUCCGGAUGUGUUUACGCGCGAGGAUCUGGCGAUGAAAAUUAACUUAACGGAGGCGCGAGUGCAGGUCUGGUUCCAGAAUCGACGCGCCAAAUGGCGCAAAGCGGAGCGACUCAAGGAUGAGCAGCGCAAGCGGGAAAAUGGCGAAAGCAGCAGCUCGCUGGACAAGCUUCAUGACUCGCGCGAAUCCUCGCCAGAUAUCACCGGCGAAAUUGAUGAUGAUAUGGAUGAGCUGCCGCCACGUCAACGUUCGCAUAGUCCUUUGACAAAUGGACCCAUGGAACAGCAGCAUUCACGCAGUCCGACUGGCGGUCAUCAUCUGGACUCGAGCGACAAUGAGCGACCGCUGUCCUCUGCCCAGCUGACCGCCACACCACACUCCGCCUCGCAGUCACUGGGCUCCAUUAGCGCCGGUUCCCCCUCGCCGGGCAUGCGCGAACACACGCCGUUGGCCGGCGGCCUGGGCCCCAGCAGCCCCUCCAAUUCGCGCAACACAGACUCACCAAUCGAGGUGGGUGGCCCCAUGUCGCUGACCACCGGCUCGCGUAUGGCGGCAUCGUCCAACAACUCGGCCUCGUCCACACCAACACCAACAACGCCGCAUGCAGCCCAGCUGCCACAUUCGGCAGCCGCUGCAGCCUUUAACAGUCACAUCUUUGGCAGCUUUGGCGCUGGCAGCGUUACCAACGAUAAUAAUUGCGGCUUUCGUCCGGUACUCAGCGACCAGAACUCUGUGGCAGCGGCAGCAGCAGCCGCCGCCGCAGCGGCUCAGCGCAGCGCCAAUCAUCCACCGCUUUUCCUGCCGCCACAUUUGGCGGCUCAGUUCACGCACCAGCCGCUCUUUCCGGGCCUCAAAGGUGUAUCGCCGUUUCAAAGUCUCUGUUCGUGCUGCUCCCUGAAGCCGCCGCCGCUGCCACCAUCGUCGUCCGCCUCGACCUCGGUUAUGGCGCCUCUGAGCGUGCCGGUGAGCAGCAGCUCGGCGGCCAGCUCGCCAGAGUCGCCCAAGUCAAGUGGCGGUGGCACGCAUGAUCCACGCUCCAAUUCGGUGGCAGAGCUGCGGCGCAAGGCACAGGAGCAUUCGGCAGCGCUGCUCCAGUCUCUGCAUGCGGCAGCUGCGGCCGGCUUGGCGUUUCCGGGCCUGCACUUGCCACCACUCUCAUUUGCCCAUCAUCCGGCACUGGGGCAUGCCGUUAAUCACAACAACAAUAACAACAAUAAUAAUCCGCUGCGUCUCAAGCAUGAGGCACAGGAUAUGACGGCCAGCACAAUGAAUGGCCUGGGCCCGGGCGCCGGCACAGCCACAAGCUCCACAUCGGCAGCUCUGCUCGAUUUGGCCGAGUCGGCAGCGGCAUAUCAUCACCAUCAGCAGCAGCAGCAGCAACUGCAUCAGCAGCAGCAACACCAUGCCACUCUGUCGCCUCCGACCACGCCCACUCAGCUGCAGUCGCAGCAGCAGCUGCCAUCAUCGGCUGCUGUGCGUCCGGAUUCGCCGCCAGCAACGGCCGCUGUUAAUGGCAACGCGCUGCUCACCAAAACCGAAUAAAGAGAGCAUGAAUGGUGUGGAAUAAUAAAAUUAAAUGAAAUUAAUCAUUUACCAUUAUAAAAA